AUGAACGGACGCGGAAGUGAAUAUUCUAAACGAUAUCGCGAAAAAAAGAAAAAAGAAUUCAUUGAUUCGCAGGAAUUAAUUGAAUCACUUAAGGAACAACAUCGGCAGUUAAUUAUGGCAAAUACUUCUCAGUCCGACAAAAUACAGAACUUGCAAGCAGAACAAGAAUCACUUAAGGAACAAAUUCGGCAAUUAGGAAUAGAAAACACUUCCCUGCGUGAUACCAUUACAAAUACAUUUUUUACAGUUCCAUUAUCUCCUGUUUCUUCACCGUCGAAUCAAGUGUUAAACAAUUCACCUUAUGCAUGUAAUACUACUAAUGGAAACACUCCUCUUACGUUUAAUCGAAAUCUAAAUACACUAUCGUUAUCAUCUGCUCCACCGGAUCAAGAGAUUAGUGAGAUUAAUACUUCCUCGUCUAAUCAACUAAGCAAUUCACCUUAUAAUAGAAACAUACCAGAUCAAAAUCUAAGUGAGCUAUUCUCUUUUAGCGAGAUGAAUACUUCGUCUAAUCAAGAGCCACCUUAUACAGAUUUUACUAAUAAUGUACUUGAUCAAAAUUUUGAUUCAUAUUUUACUACUUUAUAUUUAGCUAAUCUUUUUUAA